UAUACGUCUGCGGGACUGAAAUUUUAUAUUCAGUCUGAAAUGUUUUUAAUCAAAUUCAACCUGAUAAAAAUAAUCAGUUAAAGGAAAGUUCAUUUGACUCAUCAAGUUGAGCUCUUCGAAACAGCGGAAGCUACCGUUCUACCUCACCGUUCUAUAUCAGAAAAUGGCUAUAUCAUUGUUUUAAAAUAUCUUUCUCGUUCGUUUUUCAUCUAUCAUCCUUUCUUCCAAAAGGAAUUAGUCAGAUCAAAGAAGACAAAUUUUGAAUUUAAUGACCUCCAGAGUCCCGCGAGACGCGGGCUUCGUGUUCAAGUCUUCGUGGAGAAAUUGGCUUGUCCGACGUGCGAAAACAAACUCGCCAUAACGGAAGAGCGGCUCGCUGAAGAAAGGAGAAACGGACACAUCAAAACAAUUUUAAUGAACUGAAAUGAUAUACAAAAAUAACAUCGUUCUUCAGCUGCAUAUUUUAAAUCAUUGCGAAAAUGCUUUGCAAUGAGCACCGACAAUACCAAAUGGUGCUAUAUCAUCAGAAACAGCAUGAAAUAAAUUAUCAUAUCAGGACGGUAUCUGGAUUCAUCUUUAACGAAUGCGCUAUACCGCCUGCCCCCUUUCGACUUUCAUAUGAAAUUCAGUUAGUAGCUGCUACGAUGAACCUCUAGCAGUCCUUUGCAGUGCCUUUUUGACAAACUAAAUCGGCUGCAGACGAAAUACGUUCCUGAAUGUAUAGCUACUUACAGUUCAAUAUAUUCAACUAUUUUGUGAAUUGCUUCCUGGUUGAAUUUACGGUACAGGGAACGGAACUGUUUUAUAUGCAUCUCACGUUGGUAGUGAGAAGAGCAAGGCCUUUGCUUUUACACGGAGAUUCUCUUAACUUUUAAUUCCGGAUUAGCGUUCAAUUUCCCGGUGAAAGAUAUAUUCUCGAGCGCUCUUGGGGAGCUUUUGCUUUUCAAACGGACCCGCUGAGGGAGAUAAGAUUUGAUCUAGUGCAUCAACAAGUUUCUAUAUCGAUAACAGAGCGAGAAAUUAUCAUUUUGGAAGAGAAACGUUCAUUUUUAGACCGUUGAUGCUGAAAGUAUACUGAGCCACAUGUACAACAUCUGUAAAUCCGGUUCAAGAUGAAAGAUUCCAUUCACAUCUGCCAGUAAACCGAAAUUUAGGAAGAAGAUACGAUGAGUACAAGCAAUAACACAACCGCUUCCGAAUCAAUCAUUGCAUUAUGUCAUAACGUUGAAGUUCACAUCACAGGGAACACUAUGGGAUCUGUAAUCUCGGACACAAUAUGUUGUUUUAUAAAUCUUUUUAUGGCCGUCAUAUCCACCUGUAGCAACGCUUUGGUGAUCCAAGUUUAUACCAAACUCUCCUCUGCCUCGGGAAAAACAAGCGGUAACCUUUUACUUGCUUCGCUAUCGACAACCGAAGUGAUCAAAUCUGCAUUAAUCCAACCAGCGUUCUUCAUAUGGAAAGUCAUGGAGAUCGCAAAAUUGGAUUUUUGCUAUCCCUACUUGUUCACGAUAAUGGGAAUAAAUUUUUGUACUCUUUCAUCGUUCCUACAUACUUGUCUCCUGAUCACAAUCGAGCGUUAUCUAUCAGUUUUCAAGCCGAUCCUACAUCGCAAACCGCUUGUACGAAAGUGCCUGAAAAUUGCAGCGAUCGUUACUCAGAUAUGGUGCGCGGUGUUUUUGCUGACGCUGUUCCUAACAUCUCAACAUCGGAUAUAUUUCAUCGCAAUGUGUUUGCUUGUUAUGUCCUGUUUAACCGGCACGGCGGUGAUGUACGCUUUGAUUCGCGCAAAGAUGAGAAAGGGAACGAUGCAGAACGCUAAGAACAUCACUGCGCAUACGGCAAGUAAACAGGCCGCUGACCGUCGUAUGAAUAAGACCGUCAUUACGAUCAUCCUCGUGUCACUCGCGUGCUACUUGCCGUUAAUUUGCGUUCUCGUGUUCCUUAGCGUGCACGAACGUACCGUGUGGCAUACGCGUUUCGUGAUUCCUUGGGUGUACCUCGUGAUGUUCGCGACGGCUGCGUUGAACCCGUUCGUUUACUGCUGGAAAAACCGACGACUUCGAAACGAGAUGAUCAAAUUCACGUCACGCGUGUUCACGAGCAAUCCACACGCUUUCGAAAACAGCACGGCAUCGUGCACGCAAACCACGCACACAACAAAGGUUUGAAUCUGGAUUCAUGGGCAAGACAUGUAUCCAAAGUUUCUCUCU